CGACAUUUCGCAUGCUCAGAACUCCACAGGCCGCGGCGUAUCGCACACACACGGCACAGCAUAUAUACGCAUACCUCUCGAACGCGUACUCUGCGCGCCGGGAAACAAUGGUAGCGAGUCCGUCGCGAGAAUAAUAAAGGAUCGGGAUCUCUGCGAUCCUCCUGCGAAAGAGCUCUGUUCUGGGAAAAUACUCGUAAACGGGAAAAGUUGCUCUCGAUCCUCGCGAUCGCAAGUGGAUUCUUUGGUGGGGUGCAACCCUCGGGCGGAAUCCAGGGUGAUCCUGCGGCGGGAGAGAUCCUGCUGCUUUCAGCGAUUCCAGUCUCCGCUCUCUCGCGAACAUCCGAUCUGUGUGUUCGAUCGGACCUGGAUAUUAUCUGUGAUUUCGACGAGAGACGGUGCCUCCUUCUGCGUGCAUGUGCGCGCGUGUAUGCCGGGCGGUGCGCGAGAAACGUAAAACGGGCAGGGAGGAUCGUAGACGAGCUACGACACGAUGUUCCCGUGGUCGCGAAAAGUGCGAGAAAAGUGAAUCGGAAUUAUAAUUAUUAUGCGCGUAUCCGGAUACGCGUUUACGCGCACGUAGACACACACGUACGCACAUACGCGCGUUACGUUUACGUUUCAUCUCCGGGAUAUAACGAUGCUGUUGUCGGGAGAGAAUCGCCGAAGGCUUCCUUGAACGUGCAUCAGUGGAUAUCCUAUCUCGAAUCUGGAGUAACGAGACGUAAGAUAGAGUGAUAUGUUAACCGAGGACAAUGAUCCGACAAAACCAGCAGGGGUUUUAGACAAUGCUGGCAACGUGUCUUCGUCGACUGAAGCCUCGGUACAGCAUCCUCGCACUGUAAACAAUGAGACCGAAGUUAAAAACGAGGUGCAGGACUGUCCCGAAAACGAUAGCGUCCCCGGUGGCGAACUCUACAUCGAUGAGAAUGCUGAGGAGAAGGAACAGGAGUAUCCGGAUUCGAUGGAAAAGACGGAUUACGGAUCCCUGUAUGAUACCAAUCAAUAUUACAAUAGUCUAUACAACCCGCCGCCUUACGGAUCGACGACAGUUUCGAAAAACGCGAGCUUGCAGAGCACGUAUCUAAGCUCUUACACGUCGUCAAGCUCGAUGACGCAGUAUGCACCUUACGCUAGUUACAACAGCGGGACGACGACAUUCCCGAACGUCGCGCAGAAUAUAUCAUCAGCCACCCAGAAAUUAGAUUAUAGCGCUUACAGCAGUAGUUUAUACGGAAACGACAGGGUACCGCUUCAGUAUUCCGGAUAUUAUCCUGUACCCGGUUAUCACGCGCCUCCGACCUCCUUUAACAUCGGCAACAUCAACUUUGCUGAAGAUUCAACAAAGUCCGCGCUCACUUUGGAUCCGACGACGCAUGAUGCGAGCGAUCUCACCGCGAGGGAAACAGUAAACAUUGAAGUGGCGACGACGAAGCCAUGCAGGCGCGGAAGGAGGCAGAGCGGAAGCGGAAACAGUAUCGGUUCGGCGGAUACGACGGAAGCCGGUCCCGAACGUAUAUUCAUCUGGGAUCUGGAUGAAACCAUAGUUGUAUUUCACUCUCUGCUCACCGGACAAUUCGCCACGAAGCACCGUAAGGAUCCAGCCCUUCUGGCCCAAGCGGCGUACAGAAUGGAAGAGAUGAUAUUCAGUUUAGCAGAUACGCACUUUUUCUUCAAUGAUGUCGAGGACUGCGAUCAAGUACACAUAGACGACGUUUCGUCGGACGAUAACGGACAGGACUUGUCGUCCUACAACUUCACGACCGAUGGUUUCCAGUGCGCGUCCGCGAAUAACGGGAUAUGCCUGGCGUCUGGUGUACGAGGCGGCGUCGACUGGAUGAGGAAGUUGGCAUUUCGUUAUCGUAAGAUUAAGGAGAUCUACUGCAAUUAUCGUAACAACGUGGGCGGUUUGUUGGGCACGGCCAAACGCGAACAGUGGCUACAGUUGCGUUCCGAGAUCGAAGUGCUGACUGAUAAAUGGUUGACGUCGGCCGUCGAGUGUCUUAACAUCAUCAAUAAGAGGAGUCAUUGCAUCAACAUCCUGGUGACGACUACGCAGCUGGUACCCGCGCUCUCCAAGGUUCUGCUCUUCGGCAUCGGCGGGAUAUUUCCCAUAGAAAAUAUAUAUUCGGCCUCCAAAAUUGGAAAGGAGAGCUGUUUCGGCAGAGUGGUUGCCCGAUUUGGACGUAGAUGUACGUACGUGGUGAUAGGUGAUGAUUCAGAUGAAGAGACGGCAGCUCGAGCGCACAAUUUUCCCUUUUGGAGAAUAAAUAGCCAUUCGGAUACUCAAGCCCUAUACAAUGCCUUAAAAAUGGGGUUCCUUUAAUCAAAACAAAGAUACAUAUAUACGAAGAAAAUAAGACGAGGAAACGUUUCGGUCAUAUGGAAGAUUGCAUUGCAUCUAAAACAAAAAGAAAAAAAAUGACAAAAUUAUGCUUAACUGUACUUCACCUUCUCUCUAUUUCUCUGAAACAAUUUUUAUCAUUUUUAUAACUUAUCAUUACAUAUACAUAUAUGUAAAAAGGAGGCUCAUCGCCUCCAUCUGUGGCUAUAUUCGCCGAUAUCGAAAUAUUUCAUGAGCUCGAUAGGACAUUGACGUAUGUCCGUAAGUGAUAUAAAAUGAAAGUAAAAUUUUUAGUGAUAACGAGUGAACCAUCUCAGAAAAAAGUUCGGAUAUAUAAAGAUUUAUGUACAAGAUUCUUGCGGACUUUUGGCUUUAGCGUCGACUCUGUAGUCGCACAUGUACUAUAUAAACUAAAAACAAAAUCUGCGAAAAGUAUACAUAUAUCCUUCUUUCAUGUACUUAAAUAUUUAUCAUCUGCGUCAUUUUACUUUUACGAUAACGACGAAGUUCAACAAUUUUUAUUAAUGUACUAUGUCAGAUUUUACCAGAGAGCAAUUUUUCAUUAAGACUUGUUUGCUACCGAUAUAAUUUGUUUCAUGCAUUAAUAUUAUAUCUUAUUGAUAUAUA